AGCAGCUAGACGCGUCAGCCGCGCCGCUCCGGCAUUAAACGGGGCCUCUCGCUUUUACUACGACGACUUAAGCCAGGUGAGACCGCAGCACUGGAUCUGGCCCGUGAGGCCGCGGCAGCAUCGCUCGAGGAUCAUGCGCACCUAGAGGCCUCCCGCAGACCCUCUCCUCUACCCGGGAUUCGAGAGCCUCAGCCUUCACGAAGGUGGACUUCAGCUCAGCUCAGUAUCAAGAUGUUAUCAAUGAUUUUGACAACUUUACUGCUCGCCAAUACUGCGGUAUUGGGCAUCUCGGCAGAAUUUCUCACGGGCGGAUCCUUACUAGACAAUAAGAAUGCUGAGGUAACGGAUGACGCGGCGGCCUUCUCGCACUUAAUUAUCGCAAGAACGGCUGAUAAUGACGACCUGGAUCUCAUAGCCGAAGAAAGCGCCGCUAAUGUUGCCUCCACGCCCUAUCCGGACCAAGAGCCGAGGUAUAAAUUGCCGUACGCGUAUGCGUUCAACGGUGGCAAACCCUUUUCCCUUGAAAAGGAUCCGAUCACUGGGAAAAUCGACUUUGAGAAGACACCGCCACUCAAAGCCCUCAACUUCACCGAUACAUACCAAGGCGACGAGGACGAGAGCAUGCAUAUUGACAGUCAGUCGAAACUCGAAGAACAGUACCCGUACGGCAAGAUCGGCUACCUGGACGGCAAGCGCGUUGUUGCCAGCAACUCGAAGAACGAACGUGUCGGGCCCAACGAGAUAAAUCCUUACUCGCCGAGCUUUCACGACUUCCUGAAUCUGCCGGUACGUUACAGCUCCGAGAAAUACGAGCGGGACAAUUAUCCCCUUAUAUCGAGCUCCUACGCAAAUACCAAAGUGCAGAGCGGCUCGAAUAGCUACAACAUUAACAAUCACCGACCUUAUCAUCAGGAGACGGCAACCAAGGUAUCGAUCAGUACAGCAACACGAAAGGUCUACUAUCCAAAGACUACGAGUACAUCUGCAACAACCACGACAACUACUACGACAACAACGAGGCCGAAGACCACACCAGUAACUACAUCGACAACGACAUCGACAGCGAGGCCAAUAGAUAAAAAAAAAACAACAACGACAAAACCCACCAAAGCGCCAACGACUAUAGCGAGUACUGCGAGGCCAACGACCACGACGACAACGACAACCCAAUUACCGGUAACGCAACCUAAAAUUACCACGUGGAAGCCAUCCAAGAACACCAGUCAUUACGAUGAAUACGAGGACAUUUUACCAAUUGAGAAGCUACAGGGCAUAAAAAAUAGUGCACCCAGCAAAUUUGGAUCGACGAUGAAUCAGGAUUUGAAUGGCCAUAACAAUGGGCCGCAGAGUCCGUCGAGGCCGACUCCACAGUCAACGUACCUCUACAGCGACGAUUACGACGACUAUUACCCUUUCUCCGACGAGACAACUCACGAUAAUGGCUACCAGCAGCAUCAGUUUUCUCAUCACAAUGAGUUCGCGCACCGUACGGAGAUGAAAAAUCCUCCUCCAGCGGCAUCCAGCGCGUCGCCAUCACCACCACCAUCGACAACCACAGCGCCGACAACAACGACAACGAUGACGACAACGACGGCGAAGGCUUUCGCCCACCUCUCGACGACGUCGAGCGUGGGUGGGGCCGAGACGUCGACCCUCGUAACAUCGUCAUCCUAUCCGAAACAGCAAUCUUUAUCGAGCAUUCACUUGACGACUGCCAAGCCCGCGAUGCUUUCCGUUCAGCAACAGCCACCGGCCACGUCGAUGCCUCUCGACAGCGGCAACAAUCCUUUGCUCGUCCCUCCUGUGCACGAGAAUUUUGUCGAAGGUCACAGGCCCAUUGAAUACUACAAUACAAAUAACAAUAACAAUAACAUUCUACAUUCGACGAUACAUUUCGGGGCGAAUGCGUACAGUAGGCCAGGAAGCGUAAUUAGCGUGCUGCCUGAAAGCACCAGCAACGUGAUCGUUCCCCAUGAUCAGGACACGGUAUCCUUCGUAUUAGGCAAUAGACAGAACGUUGAGGGGAGUUAUUAUACUCUCGGUACAGCAAUGGAGGAACAUCCUUAUGCACCAAAUGGCAAUGAGAAUAAUUUCAGACCAAUGUUCGCGACGGGUUCGAAUGCUCAACAAACGAACGUAGAUAAAACAUUCUCGGCCGCUCUACCCUCGGUGGCUGUUGUAGAACCAUCGUCACAGUCCGAAUAUAAUCCAUCCAAGUGGUACAAUUCUAAUCCAAUGCAAACGGACUCGAUGUCGGACACCGAGGCUCAAACGAAAUCUCAAUCGUCCUUCGUCUUUCCAUCGACUUCGGCUAAUGACAACAGUAGCAACAAGCAAAACGAUAAAUCGCAAAGCGAGAAAGUCUCUGGAUUCGUCGCCUUUCCCGAGAACAGCCAAGACAAACAACUCGAGCAAAAUCAAACUCCAAUGCAGCGACCAGUCGAGGAGCACAUUAUUAUAAUUAAUCAAGCCGAUGGUACAAUCAAAGAGAUUACGCCAAAUGGUUUGAACAAUCCCGCCGAUAAUUCCAUUCUACUAGGUGGCAACAACAACAACAACAACAACAACAACAACAAUAACAACAACAACAACAACAACAAUAUGAUUAACAAUCAUGGCAGUAACAAUCUUCAAAAACUACCGCAAUUAGCGGAAAGUCUGACACCGCCAGCUGAGAGUCGACCCCCCAGGCCGCCUACCGGAGCCAUCAGUCAAAGACCCCCCUACUAUUUCCACUAUCAACACGGAAAUGGGAUUUCGGGCAAGCCUUUGGAGUAUCCACCACGUCCUCAACGGAUACCGCUACCACCAAGACAAAAGCCCGAGCUUCCAUCCGUCGGUUUUAAAAGGAGAACCAGCACGUCCCACGACGUUAAAUUACCCAACAUUUUGCCGCAAUUCAGACCAAAUGCAAAGACCUCGCAUGGGCAUAGAGGCGCCGAUAAAAUUGGCACACUGAGCGCACCCCCACACCAUGGGACACGCCCGCGACCUUCCGCCGCUCAGCAGCAUCCAACGACGCAUCAGCAUCCCUCGCGCAGGGGCCAGCCAUACCCGCCGGCCCACCUACAACUUCUGAGCCCGCCCCCACCCCCGGCCCCCAGUCACCAGCAGCAGCUACCGCGCAAGGCGGAGGAAGUCGCCGCUACACCGCUCGCUCCACCCAAGCCCGACCACCUAAAGCGCUACCGUCCAUCGAUGACCGGCAGCCGACCCAACCACCAGAAGCUCCGGAUGGAGGACGAGUCUCCGGGCGAGCGCUUCUCCGCCGAGCCACCCCAGGUGCCGCCCCGACCCAUCAUCUUCCCCAAGAGCCGAUCCGACGGACAGGUGCCCCAGAUCGCCACUCUACAGAUGAUACAGCAGAGAGGUGCCCUCGACGAAGAUAUUAUUAGAUCGAACCUGCCGCCGCUAUUCAAGAUCAACCGCGCAGACGAGACGAAGGAGGACGAAGCCAACAAAGAGGAGGAGAGUCCAGUAUCCCAGAUAAUCAGUAACGAGGCCGAUCGACGCAAGGACGAUGAGGAGCCAGAAAUCCAGGAAACCGGCGGGGCAUCAGAGACCGGACCUGUCUACGUCGUCUACCCGGUAAAUAGCGCGGUAAACAUCGAUAACCAGGAGGAGAGUGCGGAACGUGAUGAGUCUGUAGUAAUCGGCACUCACGGACCUCAGCGUCCCCUUCCACCCGACACCCUCACCCAUUACGACGAGGAGGGUCAAGGCGCCGAACAGAACAAACCUGGCGAGGACAAGCUGUCAGGGUUCUUUUACGGAAAGAUACCGCAACAUCACAAUGCCGUGAACGUCGACUUUUCAUCACAGAAUUAUGGAGCCGAGCUAGCCGAAUCCUCGAUUCUGAGUCGAGAGAAGCCUCUCCUGGUGCCGAGCGACGACAGGGACGAGGAGGAUUCAGCACCGACAAAGUUGAAUAAAAUCACUACCGGCUUGACUCCCGAUGCGAACAUUAUUCCCAGCAGCAGCAGCAGCAGCAGCAGCAGCAGCAACAGCGUCGGCGGCGGUAAUGCCGCCUUCAACGUAAUCUCGUAUCUGCAGGAUUUCCUACCCUUCCCCACGAAGAAACACCAACCGUCCACGAUAUCAGCGACAUUACCGCGACUUCCCAUCGUCCAAGCCUCGAGUCCCAUUGCUUUCGUGUACACGCCGACGACGCCCUCGGCGGUUCACCAGCAUCACGAGCCCGAAGAUGAACACGAUGAAGAAGAGUCAGAACCAGCCGAGCUCAACCAAACAUACGAGCGUCACCGAGAGGAAAAGCCGGUGCUGCUGCCGUCUCAGCAGCCGAGCAGCUCCUCUUCCUCGGCACCCUCGCCCCAAAGCUUCAUGGCUCCCUUCGUCGCAAGCCUCUCGGCGGAAGCGCCCGCGCGCAACGGUUGGAGCGUCGUCGUAGCAAAUAGUACCGAGAGGUCGGCCGUAGCCAGGGCCGAUGUACCCGAGGGCAAGGCCACGGCCACCGAAGAAUCGGUACCGAGCACCGAGUCCCAGACUGAAUCUUCCGGUUCUGGUUCCAGCCCAGGCGCCGACAGUUUCGACCCGGAGAGCUUCAAGCCUCAACUCUUCGGUGGUUUCAAGCCCAUCUACGAGUUCCCCGUUGACGAGGAUGAACACACGCCGAUGAUCGGCAGAGGCCUGGCCCCUAGCUCCAGUAAUUCCGCCUCAUAGGACAUUGACUCAUAUCCUCUCGAACCUAUUUUUUUUUUCGUAACUUCUCUUCGAGACGACGUUCCCUUGGGCAUUUUUCUGAGGCUAAAAUAAUGGGG